GCGUGAGGACACAGAACUGCUGGGAUUGCGCCAUGGCCUGGGCCCCUCUCCUCCUCGUGGUGCUCGCCUACAGCUCAGGUUCCCUGGUCCAGGCAGCGCUGACUCAGACGCCCUCUGUGCUCUCCGCGAAACCCGGAGACACCGUCACGAUCACCUGCUCUGGGCUUAGCAACUACUAUGGCUGGUUCCAGCAGAAGGUGCCUGGCAGUGCCCCUGUCACUGUCAUCUAUGCUAACACCAACAGACCCUUGAACAUCCCUUCGCGAUUCUCUGGAUCCAAAUCCGGCUCCACGGGCACGUUAACCAUCACUGGGGUCCAAGCCGAGGACGAGGCUGUCUAUUACUGUGGGAACUGGGACAGCAGCAUUAGCGCUGCUGGUGUAUUUGGGGAAGGGACCAGGCUGUCCGUCAUUGACCAGCCCAAGGUGGCCCCCACCGUUUACGUCUUCCCACCAUCCAAUGAGGAGUUCCUCGAGAAGAACACCGCCACCGUCGUGUGUCUGAUUGGUGACUUCUACCCCGGGACCAUCUCAGUGAGCUGGGAGGUUGAUGGCCAGAUCAUCACGAGUGGUGUGGAGACGGGCCUGCCCCACCGGCAGAGCAACAAGCAAUACUUGGCCAGCAGCUACCUGACUCUGAGCAGCAACCGCUGGCAGAGCGGUGAGACCUACACCUGCAAGGUCACUCAUGAGGCUGGCAACGUGGUGAAGAGCCUGAAGAGAUCUGAGUGCUAAGCCCUCUCC